AUGGCUUCGAUGACGGAAAUCAAGCAUUUUUGGGAUCUUGAGUUGACACCAGUUUCAGAAUUCCACAAAUGGCACAAACAAAAUGAUCAGUACAUGUUGACGUGGUUAGAUGUGCAGGCCACGGCACUUCCACCGUCAGAGCGUUGGUUCGACAAACUGAAACGUUUCCGAGUGAAAGACAUUCCAGAACCAAAACCAAUGACGGUGUUGCAUGGAGUUUCUGGGUUGGCUGAGCCAGGGAAGAUUAUAGCGAUAAUGGGAGCCAGUGGGUCAGGCAAAACGACUUUGUUGAACACAUUGUCAGGCAGACCGCAUCUCAAAGGCAACCUACUCGUAGAGGGACUUGUAUUGGCCAAUGGUUCACCAGUUACGGAAAAGUUUAGCAAAAGAAAUAUGGCAUACGUAGAACAAACUGACCUGUUUAUACCAUCGAUAACUGCUAGAGAACACCUUAAUUUUCACGCUAUUUUGCGAAUGGACAGAGAUACUUCGCCGAAACUACGCGUUGAAAAAAUUAAUACUGCACUUAUACAGCUUGGACUUGGGGAGUGUUCGGAGGAGAAAAUCAGUCAACUUUCUGGCGGGGAGAAAAAGCGACUGUCAUUCGCUGCAGAGUUAUUGACUGACCCCUCGCUGAUGCUGUGUGACGAACCAACGUGUGGACUGGACUCAUUUAUGGCUGGGGAGGUGAUGAAGGCAUUGAAAGGCCUUGCUGCACAGGGAAAGACUAUAAUUACAACAAUUCACCAACCGCCAUCAGCAGUGUACGAUUUAUGUGACAGUAUAUUCCUGUUGGUGGAGGGACGAUGUGCUUAUUUCGGUCCCACAGUCCGGGCAACUCAGUACUUUGCAGAUAUUGGCUUUCUGUGUCCCUAUACAUUUUCACCACCGGAUUUUUUUAUUUUGCUUCUCUCCGUUAUUCCCGACCAAGAAGAAAGCAGUAAACAGAGAUUUAAGACCAUCUGCGAUGCUUAUGAGGAUUCUAAACAGAAAACAGAUUUUGAUACUAGAGUAUUGCAGUUACGCAUCAAUGAAUUACCGUGUGAAGACGAAACUGACAUCAAAGCUGUUUUAACUAUGUACAAGGCAACUUGGUGGACACAGUUCAAGCUACUCUUGUAUCGCAGUUGUGUUUCGGUGGUUCGAAACCAAGCAUCGUUGAAAACCCGGCUACCAUCUCAUAUCAUAGCUGGUCUUUUCUUCGGUCUGUGCUACUUGGUACAGAAAAACAAAGGAACCGUUCAGAAUAUAUCAGGAUAUCUUGCUCUAAUGUUGAUUCUUCUUGCUUCAGAAACUGUGUUCUCUGUUGUACAGAUCAUUCCAAUGGAAGUACCGGUGUUUUUUCGUGAACACCACAACGGAAUGUAUAAUGCAGCUACAUACUUUAUUUCAAGAGUCCUGAGUGAGAUUCCCCCAAUUUUGUUGAUAAAAACAGUGUAUGUUGCUGUUUCAUACUACAUGGUGGGUUUGAAUCCCGAUUUUGGUCGUUUCAUGGGAUGUUGCGCUAUAGUUAUCAUCACUUCUGGAGUUGGAUUUGCUUUUGGCAUUUUUGUAUCGAUGACUAGUGAAAACAUCACCAUAGUUUUGUCUAUAUCACAGUCUAUCCUGCUACCCAUGAUUAUAGUUGGAGGGAUUUUUAUUCAACCAGAUUCUAUACCUGCCUACAUGUUUUGGUUGAAAUACACUAGUUGGUUUUAUUACGGAUUUGGCUUAUUGAAUAUAAAUGAGUGGACAGACCGGGCUGAGGUUGACUGCAGCACAGACACGGUACCGAACUGCGUCACUUCCGGGAAAAAUGUGCUUCAUAGUGUAGGAUAUAGCCAGAGUGAAGUGACCGGUGACGUCAUUGCGCUGUCUGCUUUAUUUUUCGGUUACCUGCUAUUAGGUUACUUAGUUCUACUGUGGAAGUUAUCGUCAAAACAUCCGAGCUUUUAUGGUCUGUCGAUGCUGUACGCAUACCACAAACAUAAUGUUGAGAAAUCGAAUGAACUCCAGCGAGACAGGGACGUUGGAUUUCAAUAUGGUGUUCGGGACGUUAAUGUCAAAGAGAGUAGUGACAGUAAAGAGAAGAUAAAAUGGAGCAGACAGGCUGUAUCAACAUCUCCGAUGAAUAUAACUAAUGCUACUGUACCAGAAGACACAGUUUCACUUAAGAAGUUACAAGAAUAUUACAACAAUGUCUCAGUACCGUGGACACAGAACAGCACGGCUCUCGAUGUUAUGAGAAUGGAACUGGAUAGGGGAUUGACGACGUGGGUACAUUUAAUAGUAACUCAAGAUAAUAUCUCUCCAGGCAGUGACCUCCGCUUCACAGCAUGGCCAGGGCGAGCCGCCAUCACGGAGAAAAUACACGCUUUACUUCCAAAGAAGUCUCCAUAUUCACAAAAACGGAUACCACGAUGUAGUGUCAUAGGAAAUAGUGGAAUCCUAAAAGACAGCGGAUGUGGCGCAGAAAUCGACAAGGCUGAAUACGUUUUUAGAUAUAUGGCUCUGAAAAGUCUUGAGCAUCAAUUUCAAUUUCACAACGACAUGAUAGAAUAUAAUGGUUUGCUGUGGGUUCCUGCAUACGCAAAUCGACCGUACCUUGAUGAUUGUUACAACGCUAGAAGAACUUUCAAAUCUGAGAAUUCUGAAAUAGUGUUUGGACAUCCCCAUCAUUUUACUCAAGUGUCGAAAUACUGGGCAGCCCAAGGGGUCCAUGGUAUUCUGACAACAGGAUUUUAUUUGGUGAGUGCUGCCUUAAAUUUAUGUGAAGAAACUCACGUGUUUGGUUUCUGGCCGUUUCUAGAGACACCAGACGGGGAGACGAUAAAAUUCCACUAUUACGACGACGUAGGAUUUACAAGUCGAACAAAAAGAAUACACGAGAUACCGUUGGAAUUUCAGCUUCUUUACGAACAUCACCGUCGCGGUAUUUUACGAAUGCAUAUUGGGAAAUGUAAAUAA